CAAUGGUGUAAAUCACAAACGCAUCCAGACAAAUAUAAAUUCCAGGGCCAUCGUGAACUGGGGAAAGAGGAAGCUUCGGCAAAAGUGGUGAAAGCAAGAAGUCGACUCGUGGGCAGAAAGCUCUAUAUCAGUGUCGGUUAAACCAUGACCGAAGUGUCUGUGCAGAAAGACAGUGAGAUCAAACGUGAAGAUUCCAUCAUGGGCUCUGGCCAGAAAGAUGACAAGGGCAGCUUUGGACCUGAUCAUCUACCUCCUGUUGGCCAACGUAUCCAUAGGUUCUCCUCUGUCUCUUUACCGCAUAGCCCCAAAGAAGUCUGGAAAAAAGGAGGGCGUGUUUUCUCUAUUCUGCUAGCCAUCAAUCUGGUGCUGCUAGCCUGUACACUAGUCAGUGGUGGGGCAUUCAAAGAUGUCAAACUGCAUGACUAUGAUGCCUUUUUCAUGCUCACCAUUGUGAUGCUGAUUGCCAUUGUCUGGAUGCUGUUCUAUAUUUUUGGUACCUCCAAGAGGCAGGGUGCCAUCCCCUACAAAGACAAUCAUGCAGGACCUAUCUGGCUAAGAGGUGGCUUGGUCUUGUUUGCAAUCCUCACAUUGGUGAUGGAUAUAUUCAAGACAGGAUAUUACUCCAGUUUCUCUUAUCAGUGCUUAUCAGCCAUCAAAAUCAUGUACCCAGUUGUGCAGGCUGUGUUUGUGAUCAUCCAGACUUAUUUUCUGUGGGUCUCUGCCAAAGACUGUGUUCACGUACAUCUGGAUCUUACCAGAUGUGGGUUGAUGCUCAUCUUGACCACCAAUCUAGCAGUGUGGAUGUCUGCUGUAACAGAUGAAUCAGUGCAUAAGGCUGAAACAAAAAAACCAGAUGCAAAUAAUUCACACAGAAUGAUUGGCCUUAAAGGAAGCUCCUCUGACAGCUGUGGCUGCAAAAGUAACCUUUGCCAAAUCUUCAAGAAUGGUUACUUUUGGCUGUAUCCUUUCAAUAUUGAAUACAGCCUUUUUGCUUCUGCCAUGAUCUACGUAAUGUGGAAGAAUGUUGGCCGCAUCAUGGACCACCAUGUCAGCCAUAUCCAUCACCCCAAGUUUAAGCUUUUCAAGAGGACUUACUUUUUGGGCUUCAUAAUGGGACUCUUGAUAAUGGUGACUGGCAUAGCAAUCCUGAUUGUGUAUGAAAUCCAGAUCAAUUCAAAAAACAAAGAUAAAAUAAAGAAUCAGGUACUCACUAUGUAUUACACUUUCAAUAUUGUUUGCCUGAGCCUGAUGUCCAUCAUCUCCGUGGGUGGCUCCAUUGUUUACAGAUUUGACAAGAGAGACAUGGACCGUGAGAAGAACCCAACUAGAACUCUGGAUGUGGCCUUAUUAAUGGGUGCAGCCUUAGGGCAAUAUGCCAUUUCUUACUACUCUAUUGUGGCCACUGUGGCCAGUAAACCAAGGGAUACUAUCAAUGCCCUCAACUUGACCUAUUCCUUGCUGAUGAUUGCCCAACACACUUUCCAGAACAUUUUCAUAAUCGAAGGUCUCCAUCGACAGCCCUUAAAAGUGGAAAGUAAACUGGACCAGCAGGAGAAAGAUAUUUAUGGACUCACUUUUGUCAACUUAAAUGCUGUAUCCCUCCGUGUCCCUGAGAAUGGAAAUGCUUUAUCAUCAACAACAUCUCCAGGACUAGCAGUUCAGACUUCCCCUGAAGUAACACAUUCUAUCAGGAUCUCCAAGAAAGUGAGCUGGAGGAAGAGAUUUUUAAAGGAAAGCUCAUUAUUCCUGCUCCUGUGUAAUGUAAUUCUCUGGAUUAUGCCAGCGUUCGGAGCCCGGCCACAAUUUGAUAACACCACAGAGCUUGAAUUCUAUGGUUAUCCCAUGUGGGCUGCCAUUGUGGAUAUCUGCUUGCCCUUCGGCAUCUUCUACCGGAUGCAUGCUGUUGCUAGCUUAACAGAGGUCUACAUCAUGUCUUAAUGGGGAAAUGAAGAACUUGCUAGAAGAGCCCACGUUUCUCAUACCACCCAGGACUUGAAAGCCCAAAGAGCUGUGCUGAGGGGGUUGAGUUCCAUUUGGGUGCCAGGCCCAGAGAUUUAGUGGGCAUUAUCAGGAGAACUGACAACAGCCAAAACAAAACCUCUGUUUUGUUCUAUUUAAAUGACUCCUGUUCUUGGUAAUUAUCUUCAGUUAUUUUUUUUUUCUACCAGGAAAUGCUGACAUCAUGGACCCUACAUAGGCUUAGAUUCAUUCCUGGUCACUUUAAAGAACACUUUGACUUCAGCAGAACAGACUGGGAAGACUCAGCUUAAAAGAAGUAUUUAGUGAAUGUUGAAUUGUACCUUGGUGUCAUUUGGAUGGCUUCAUAGAUUCCUUCCUGUCCCUUCAGUCCCUUUUCCAGUGAAUUAUGAAGGCCUCAGUAGUGUGACCCUGUUGUAGCUCAUACAUGAUAAGAAGAAACCUGGAGUGUUCUGGGUUUCAGUGGAACUUCCUUGCUGUCCUGAAUCAGGGCCUGAAGACUGUAUGAGUCCAUCUAAAGGGUUAUUCUGUCAGGAGCAUAAUAAGAAAUGUUAGUUUUUAACAAUAGUUUAAUUUUUUAAUGAGCCUAUUUUUAUAAAAUAUAUAUUUAUUGAUUCUCAUUGUGAUAAUUAAAACAAUCAGAUACAAGAGGACCACCAUAAGGAAGACACUUCCUGACCCCCUUAAUGCUCUAGCAGUGCUUCACUGGCAGCCUUGCCAAAGGAUGUUGGCGCUUCCUCUGCUGCUUUGGCUCAGAGUUUGUAGCAAGGGGGAUAUUGUUCUCCUUCGUAUCCCAUUGGAGGAUCUCUUUUAAGAGGAUGAUGUGAAGUAUCUACAGCUAUAUGUAUAGCUAGAUUAGUUAGUGCUUCCUUCAUAGUCUUGCACGCAAACACAAAUAUACACAUUUUAGUACAGUUCAGAACUCGGGAUGAUGGUCUAGCAUAAAAAUUAUUCCAGGCAUUCUUCUGCAUUGGCUUAAAAUUAUCAUUAUGUUACCAAGCCCUCCUAGCACUAAAUGGGGAAUCAGCUAUCAGUGAAAGUCUAUGGUGUGAAUUCCUUUACAGCAGCCUUUCCUAACUUAGUUGUCCCUUCACAUGUAUCAAAACACAGUUUCUGUCACCCCCUACCUUCAUAUUAAGAGUUUUGGGCAUGUUGCUGGAGUGAUGGGAACUUCGGCAAUCAGGUUGGAGAAGAUUGCUUUAGAAAAUCCUUCCUUUUUUUGGCCGCUGUUGAAACAUCCCUCCUAUGCUUGUAUUUGGAUGUAGGUAGCCCAGAGCAAAUCUUGUGCAUCUUUGUAUUAAAUUUAAAUCAUGUAAUUUAAUUAUUCUGUAUGGCUAUAAACCACAGCUGACAAUAUAAGAGGAAGAGGAGAAAUGGGUAGAAUCACCAGUUUCCAUUCCAAAAGUAAAUAAAUUCUGCAGGUCCUAAUUUUCAAGAUUUGUGUUCCAUAUUCCAGCUUCAGUUACAGAUUAUGAAGACCUUAUUUGAUUAAUGUGGUGAUUAAUUGAACAGGACUAGGAGAUUCUGGCAAUUUUAGAAUCUUCCUGAAUUCAGUAAGUCUUUGACAUGCAUAGCAGGAUGGUGGCGCUGUCUUUGUCUCUCUGCAUAUGCAAAGCCUAUUUGGGGGGAAAUCCCCAAGGCCUUUGAUGCUGGAUUCCAUCUGGAUGCAUUCUGACAUGUUUUAUCAUGGCCCAAAACUGGGCUUCUCAAAUUCUUUCCAGUGUAAAAGGUAACACCCAUUCUAAUGAAAUUAAUUUUUAAAAUAUUUCAAUCUAUGGAAGAAUUUGACUAGAGCUGUGGUUGAUCAUCAGGAUAGUCAUCCAUUCACACUGUCAAGAGUCCUUUUUUUUUCUUUCUUUUUCUUAUGAAAUUGUAUUUACAAUGGAAAGAAAUGUGAUUUUGGAAAAUGGCUUGAGAGUAAGGAUGACAGGCUCCACAGAAGUCAAAAUAUCUCAGAUGAUAAAAUAAAAAGAAACUGUUCCACUUUG